AUGAAAAUAUUUUGUAAUAAAUCCAAUCCACCGCUUGGUGGCCUACUAGCUGCUGAACAUUACAGGGAGGCGGCUAAAACUCUAGAAAUAGUAUGGGGAGGAGAAUCUUCUAUAAUUCUCCCAAAUUCAAAGAAAUCACUGCCAUAUGGAACAAGCAAUGACUUGAUAAGAGUUCUGGAGAAUGCCUUCAAUAAAUCUGUCAGUCCUCUACAUAGAGUUACAAUGAACCACUGGUUGUCCUUUAGUCUUAUUUUAGAUGAAGAAAUUUCGAAGUCGCUGGAGUAUCUAGAUAAGAUUCUAGGACCUUUAACUUAUUUAGUUGGGGAAUCAUUAUCAGUUUCGGAUUUAUCUGUUUUUAGUGCUCUUUAUGUUUCUAGUAAAUUUAAAGAAAUUUCUAAAACGAAACCUUUCAACAAUAUUUUGCGUUGGAUGAAACUUGUUGAAGCUCAAGAACCUGUUGCUAAACUAUUGAAGGAAUUGCCUACUGAUGUUCUUGAAAGUUUGUCAAAAGCCUCAUCAAGGAGGUCUCCGCUAGCAACCAAAGAGGUGGGUGGACGUCUCCAAGAAGGAAAGUUUGUAGAACUGCCUCAUGCUGAAUAUGGGAAAGUGGUAGUACGAUUCCCACCUGAAGCAUCUGGUUAUCUCCACAUUGGUCAUGCUAAAGCAGCUCUUCUAAAUCAAUAUUAUCAACUAGCUUUUGAUGGAAAAUUGAUUAUGAGAUUUGAUGAUACUAAUCCAGCUAAAGAGAAUGCUGAGUUUGAAAAGGUAAUUCUAGAAGAUGUAAAAAUGUUAGAAAUCAAGCCAGAUAUGUUUACACAUACAUCACAAUAUUUUGAUUUGAUGUUACAAUUAUGCGAGAAGCUUAUCAAAGAAGGCAAAGCAUUUGUUGAUGAUACUCCUGCUGAGCAGAUGAAAGCCGAAAGAGAACAAAAAGAAGAGAGCAAAAAUAGGAACAACUCUGUCCAAAAGAAUCUGCAGCUUUGGGAAGAGAUGAAGAAAGGUAGUGAAAUUGGCAUUCAGAAUUGUGUGAGAGCUAAAAUUGAUAUGCAAUCUCCUAAUGGGUGCUUAAGAGAUCCUACUAUAUAUAGAUGUAUGCCCGAACCACAUCCAAGAACUUUUACUGCUUACAAAGUAUACCCAACUUAUGACUUUGCAUGUCCGAUCGUUGAUUCUAUUGAAGGUGUGACCCACGUACUGCGUACUAUGGAGUACCACGAUCGAGACCCACAGUUUUAUUGGUUCAUAGAUGCUUUGGGGCUUAGAAAACCUUAUAUUUGGGAGUACAGCAGACUGAGUAUGACUAAUACAGUGCUGUCUAAGAGAAAGCUGACUUGGUUUGUGGACCAAGGACUCGUUGAUGGAUGGGACGACCCGCGAAUGCCGACGGUGCGCGGCGUGCUGCGGCGCGGCAUGACUGUGGAGGGGCUGCGCCAGUUCAUACAGGCACAGGGCUCCAGCCGCUCCGUCGUCUUCAUGGAAUGGGACAAGAUAUGGGCUAUUAACAAGAAGGUCAUAGAUCCAAUAGCUCCUAGAUACACAGCUUUGGAGUCCACUCCAGUACCGGUCAAUCUUAAAGAUAUUGAAUCUGACAGCACUCUGAAGGUGGCUUUACAUCCAAAGAAUGCAGAUGUUGGAACUAAAACAGUUUGGGUCUCAAAGAGGUUGCUCAUUGAUCAAAAUGAUGCAAAAACUCUUAAGGAAGGAGAGAAUGCUACAUUCAUUAAUUAUGGAAAUAUUAUGAUUGAUAAAAUUCACAAAGCCGCAGAUGGAAUAGUAACGAGCAUAGAUGCGACACCUAACUUAAACAACAAGGACUACAAAAAGACAUUAAAGCUUACUUGGCUCGCUGACACCCCACAGUCCCCCAUGGUCGAGACCUACUGCGUUUACUUCGACCAUAUCAUAUCCAAGCCAUUGCUUGGCAAAGAUGAGGACUUUAAACAGUAUAUUGGACAUAAGACUAGAUGGGAAGUGCCGAUGCUGGGUGAGCCGGAGCUGAGCAAAGUGAAUGAGGGGGAUAUAAUCCAGCUGCAAAGGAGAGGGUUCUUCCGCGUGGACGUGGCGCCCGCGCCGCCCUCCCCGCACACCUCGCGCGCGACCCCCCUCAUACUGUUCCACGUGCCGGACGGACACACCAAGGAUAUGCCCGGACAGGUGAGUGAUGGUAGUGGCUCAAUAGUUUUUAAAUUUUUGAAG